AUGAGUUAUUUAACUGUAGAUAGUUGUAAACCAUCCACCAGCUUUGAUAAAAAGGAUGACAUUGAAAUUGAGGAUUUGGAGGUGGAUAAUUCUAAAAGUGUUUUACUAAAGAUUGCAACGCUAUAUGCAGAGCAGUUGAUGAGUGAUCUCAUAUUAGAAGUAGGAGGUGUUGGUUAUCCGGCUCACAGGUUGAUACUUUGUGCUAGCAGUGAGGUCUUUCAGGUUAUGUUAAUGAAUAGAGAAUGGAGUGAAUGGAGCGAGAGCAAAAUAGUCUUGCAGGAAACACCCACAGCAGCUUCUGUCUUUCCACAUUUUCUCAAGUAUUUCUAUACGGGACAAAUAAAAAUCUCUUAUCAAAGUGUUUUGCCUGUUCUGUCUUUGGGAGAUAAAUAUAAUGUUAAGGAUCUAGUCUCGCUAUGUUUGGAAUAUAUGUCGCAACAUAUAGCACUCGCUGCGCAGAAGGGUCAACUCAUCAAUUGGAUGCAGUACACAAUGGCUUGUGGUCAUAAUGAUGUUGCCAAGAAUUGUCAAAACUUUGUGAAAUGGAAUAUGGAGUGGGUCUGGUCGAAAGCUGAUAUCUCGGAGUUGGAAGACGAGACAAUGCUGUUGCUGCUGCAGCAGAGCGACCUCGUCGUGCACAACGAGUGUGUGCUGUAUCGGUUCGUAGAAAAAUGGCUCAACCAACAAAAGGAGAGAUUGAGUUUGAGUGGGGCGAGUGAAGCUGAAUGUAAACAGCACUGGGACUCGCUGGUUUCCACCAUCGUAUCUCAUGUUAGAUUUCCGAUGAUGUGUCCGAAGCAGUUGGCCAAAUUGCUUCUUUGUCCCCUCACACAAGAAUAUAAGGAAUUCUUCAUGGAGAGGAUGGCCAUCGCAAUGAGCUAUCAAUCUGGUCAGAACGAAUGCAUAGCAGAAAUCCAACGUUCCGAACAAGGCCGCUUGAUCUUCACGCCACGCCUUUAUACCGAGGACAUCUGGGGUUCGAUUCUCGGUGUUGACAACUUUCACUCGCUGCCUUGUUAUCACACGAGGACGUUUAUCUUCUCCACAAGACCCAGCGUGGCCGACGUCGCCACGGAGAGACUCAGCGAAUGGACAGUCGACCUGUAUCCGAAAGGAGUUUGGUUCAAGAAGAGUAUGCUUAUUGUAUGGUCGGGGACUUAUGAUGUGCCAGAGGUAGUGUUGCGUACAGUCCGCAUAUCCAUAACUUGCCAGAACACUCCGCAGGCUUAUAGAUACCAAAGUGAGGAAUCCGACGAACCGGACGUCCGAGUGAAAGUGGGUAUCCUGGUGUGGGGAGUGCAAAAUGGCGUCGAGCACAUCGCUUCCGUGGUGGAAAGAGUCCAUAGGUUCUCUGGUCAGAGUAGAGUUCUAAACAUAGAUGGCGCUUUAGACUUCGACGAAUUGAACACGCCAUUGUAUACGCCGGCUGCUUCUUCCCCGACGCCCACCAAGCAAAGUCGCUGUUCGAAGUGUACAGAGAACUGUGAGCAACCUGAGCCAAAGCACUUGCUGGGACCGAACAGAGAUCAACUGAGGAUACAAGUAGUCAUUCUGCCUCUAACCGACUUUUGCCACGUGAACACACCUGACAGCGCGCACGGAUGA